AUACAUUCCUUUAGAUCCCAAGGUGCAGAUACCAUUUCGUUGAAGAAGAUGGAAAUGGAUGAAGUAGACAAUCCCGAGGAUUCAACAGAGCACCGAUCUACAAAGGAAAACAAAACCCACGAGUUCGACGACCUUCUCAAAAUAACUGGUGGUUUCGGUCGUUACCAAAUGGUCCUUUAUGCUUUCAUGUGCCUGGUUUCUAUUCCAACUGGCGCUCAGCUCUUAGUUCAGGUGUUUUACGGUGCUUCGCCACCCUUCAUCUGCGUUUCAAUGGCGGUAAAUGACACAUGUGCUUCUGGUUGCUGCUCAAGUUGCCAUGAAUACGAAUUCAGCGGUCCUUUUACCAGCGCUGUCUCUCAAUGGAAUUUAAUCUGUGACCGCCGACACCUGAAGGCGAUGACUCAAGCUGUCUUUAUGGCUGGUCUGUUCGUUGGUGCAAUCACAUUUGGUAGCAUCUCGGAUAACUUUGGAAGGAAGUUCUCAUUCUUUUUGAGCGUUGGAGUCCUGGCUGCCUUCGCUGUGGCGUCAGCUGUCGCCGACUGUCUGUCGUUGUUCUCUCUAUUUCGCUUCUUUGCCGGGACUGGCACCGUUGGUUGUUUAUUGGUGCGGUUCGUGUACUGUGUCGAAAUGGUCGUCACCGCUCAUCGCUCCUACAUAGGCAUGGUCAACUUUCUCUUUCUCAGUGUUGGUGGAUGUUUUCUCGCCUUACUUGCUUAUUUGAUACCAAACUGGCGAUACGUCAUGCUAGCAGUGUCGUUACCUAGCUUCCUUCCCCUCGUUGCUUGGUGGUGGAUACCUCGCUCUCCCCGGUGGCUGAUUGCCAAUAACCACCUUGACGAGGCUCACGAUGUGUUGAUGAAAUACGCUAAGUACAACCACGUCAUUGUAGAUUCUAAACAGUUAAAACACGUGAUUCAAGAAGUCAGAAAGAACGAUGCAAGAAAGUUUGAAGACGAGAAAUACGGAAUUCUUGACACGGUGAAAACUCCCAAGUUACGGAAACGAACUUUAAUUAUGUUUUUCAACUGGUGUGUAAACGCCCUGGUUUUCUACGGCAUCAACUACAACAUUAGGAAUCUGGCUGGAAAUAUGUACCUGAACUUUUUUCUUCUCCUUGUGGUAGACUUUCCAUCCACUGCACUAUGCUGUUAUUGCUUACAAAGGUUUGGUCGACGUUUGACGUACUCUUCGUACAUGACGCUUGCUGGGGUGUCCUGCCUGUUGGCUCUGGCAUUACCAAGCGGUAAAGAAUACCAAGUUGCCGUCAUCGUCCUUGUGAUGUUCGCAAAAUUUUUCGUCGUUUCCACGUUCAAGUCUGUGUAUCUAUACACAGCGGAGCUGUAUCCGACAGUGAUAAGAAACAAUGGCGUUGGACUGUGUUCGAUGAUUGCCAGGAUUGGUGGAAUAGUUGCUCCAUAUAUCGUUUUGCUGGCUGACCUUCCCAAUCUGAGAAAAACUUUCCCCUUGUUGAUAUUUGGAGCCUUGUCUGUGGCUUCUGGUUUAAUGGCAUUCUGGUUACCAGAAACUGUAACAAGUGAAAUGCCACAGACCGUGGAACAAGCGGAGGCAUGGAAAGAGGAUUACAAGAUUUACUGCUGUCGAAGGCCGAGAAUCCAGGCUCCUCCCGGGCAAGUGGUGAAAGAUGAAGAUACAGCAUUGGCGUAGUUCAUUGUGUAAAUGGAGAAAGCUAAACAACAUUAUGUACCAUGUUACUAACACAAACUGUUGGCAGUUAGUGGUCUCACACAGCCACAACUCAUGCCUUGCAUUUGUUAUUCCAGUAAUUUGUCACUUUUAAUCCUCCUCGUGUUCAAAGAGACAACAAUUUAGUAUUUUCUUACGUUUAAGAUUUGAUGUAAAUGUCGCCUAAUUACGAGAGACCUUCGAUAAAAAUUAAGUUGACGCUUUAACAAGACUGUCUUGUCGAACUACAUUAAUGACGCGAUGUGACUUUCUCCUGACGACUCCCUGAAAUUGUCUUAAGCGUAAAUGUAAUCAACUUGAAUAAAAACAUGUACUUAGAAGUGUUGGAGCGGAAAAUUAUCAGUAAUAACAUGGUACCGGUCGAUAUCACCAGUCCAGACAGGAUUUAUUUUACAUGCACCAGUGAACAUUUUUUGCCUCGACACUGGGAUGG